UUUCGGCUUUCCGUACAUGGUAAUAACGCCCCUUUUUACAAUGCGGAAGUUUGUGUUUUGCUGUCUAGUUAUUUAAAGCUAAUUUGGGCUGCUUCAGAUCACAGAACCGUAUUCCUUCACUACACAUUAUUAAUCAACAGAUGGUAAACCAUGGAUUUCAGCCCGGAAGCAAUACAGAAGAUACUGUCAAGGUACAAGUUUCGUGAUGUUGCUAUUGAGGAGCUGCAGAAAGUUCACCGGAUUCAUCCCGCGAUGAAACCAGUAGCUGGCACAUACACUUUCAGUGACGGCACCCAAAAAGAUCUGCUGAAGUUGAUUGGCAACAUACCGGUGAAAUAUGAAGGCCGUUCAUACAACCUGCCCAUCCUGCUGUGGCUGAUGGACUCCUUCCCCUUCACCCCCCCUAUCUGCUUGCUGAGACCUACCACCAACAUGGUCAUCAGGGAGGGGAAGCACGUGGACGCCAGAGGACGCAUCUACCUCCCCAGCCUCCACAAUUGGGACCAUCCCAAGUCGUCUGUAGUAGGUCUCCUGGCUGAGAUGAUCUCCCAGUUUGAGGAGGAGCCUCCGCUGGGCACCAAGUCCACAGGAGACAACAGAGACCCCAAUGUGCUGCUGGCCUUCGUUUCCAACCUGAAGAUCAAUGAAGGUGGAGUACAGCAUCAUGAUCAUUUAAUCAACAAAGUCACAGUCAUUGGGGGCGGAGACUUGGGAAUGGCAUCAGUGAUGAGCAUUUUGGCAAAAGGUAAAGUGGAUAGACUAGUCUUCAUUGACGUAGCUGAGAGCUCCACCAAAGGUGGUAGCAUGGAUCUAGAGAUUUUCAACUUACCGAAGGUGGAGGUAUCUAAAGACCUGUCGGCGUCUGCCGACUCCAGUGUGAUCGUGGUGACGGCGAACGCGUGGAGCAACGAGCAGUCAUACGUGAGCGUGGUCCAGACCAACGUGGACAUGUACCGGGGCAUUAUCCCAGGCCUGGUCCGCCUUAGCCCCAACGCUGUGCUGCUCAUUGCCUCGCAGCCAGUGGACAUCAUGGCCCAUGUGGCGUGGAGACAGAGCGGCCUGCCACCAUCCAGGGUGAUCGGGGCGGGGUGUAACCUGGACUCUGAACGUCUCUGUCACAUCCUGGACAUCAGUCUCAACACACACAAACAGGCCUGGGUCAUAGGAGAACUCUCAGACAACAAGGUCCCUGUGUUGAGUAACAUUUUGAUGGGGGCUAGCCACCAACAUCCAGAGAUCGCACCCAGAUCCAAAGCUACCAAACCUCUGUUAGACAGGGCGUUUGAGAUGCUGAAGGGCCGUGGCCAACGCUCCUGGUCUGUGGGUCUGUCUAUCGCUGACAUCACCCACAGUAUCCUGGUGGACCAGAGGAAGACUCACUCUGUCUCCACACUGGCACAGGGCUGGGGUGGUAUCGGUGCGGAGGUGUUCCUCAGCCUACCCUGUGUCCUGGGGGUGUCGGGUUCAACCCGUCUAGCCGGCGUGUCCCUGGGACAGGAAGAGGACGCCAGACUGAGGGAGAGCGUCACGUCGCUCUGUGCCCUCCUCUCACAGCUAAGGAUAUGAUGCCCUUGCCCCGGGCAGCACAACACAGCCAAUCAAUCUGACUGAUGAGGCCAUCAGCCGAUCAGCGUUCUUCAGUCCUGGGCCCUGUUUCCUAAAAGCAUCUUAAGGCUAGGUUAAUCUUAGAACAAUAGGAUCCUAUGGUUCUAAGCCUUAAGAUGCUUUUGGGAAACCAGGUCUUAGACCUGGAAGGCAGGUUUUUGCACCAGCCCUGUACUAAUUCAUCGGAUUCAGCUAAUCUACUAAUUGUCAAGAUUUUGUUUAGUGGAAUCUGUUGUUAGAGCUGGGUUGGAACCAAAGCCUGCACACACUGGCAUAGAUGACGAGAAAGGGUCAAGUUCAAGUGAUGAAAGAUUUUACUUUUUCGUAGUUUUCCAAAAUAAAAUGUAAUCUGGUUGAAUGGUGAAGGUAACCGUUCAUUAUUUAUGAAGAAAAUUGUAUGCAAAGGAAUCAGAAAGAUGUCUUUAUUAUAUAUUUAACAUCUUAUUUACAGCACUCCAAUGCUAUAUUUCUGUAUGCCAAUCAUUCCUGGACUUUUUAGAGAAGGAAAUAAAAAUUAACAUCUUAAUUGACCAAA